AUGAAGGCCGGUUUCACUGAUAAUGAAUAUGGGCAUAUUGGUAGCUUCCGCCGACAAUUAUAUAUAAACCCAGACGACAAUGAUAAAUUACCCAGCUCAAUCUUAAUUGAAUUCGAACAAACAGAAUACCGUAUCUUUCUAUCAGAUGACACGGUAAUAUGUUACCUGUGCAAACAAACUGGUCACACAUCAAAUCGAUGCAAAAAUGCAACAGAAAAUAAAAUUACUGAUUCCCAACAGAGCCACCAAAAUUCUAUCCCAAGCGUCAACGACACAGAAAGUAACACUCAACAACAUGAUUUCGAACACCAAUCAAACAGUAGUAGUAAUUCUCCAUUUUCCUCCCAAGAACAAGUGGAACAAGUAAAACGACCAGCGCCUUCAUCAUCUUCUAGCAUUUUAAACAUGGAUAAUGACCUCACCACAGAAAAUCCAAUUAAUCUAUCUCAAACAAAAAGUAUCACACAAAACGUAAUAAUCAACAAGAGCUCAUUAGUAACAAAAUUAAAAGAGUCACAAUCCAAAGAAAGAAAAGCAAACAACCCACCAACAACACAUCCUACAACUCCAAAGACCAACGAUUCCAACCCUAAAGCCAAUAAGCCAACCCAACCGCUCACAAAAAAACCAAAACGAUCAAACUCAAUUGAACAAAUUAUAUUAAAAUUAGACGAGUCGUUAGCAUCAGCCAAGCUGGAGUUUGAAAAAAUGCCAAAUCGAAAAAUAGAUUUUAAUCAACUCAAAUACAUAAUAGAAAAUACACUCAGCACCCAGGACCCUUCUAGUGUUCUAAAGGAGUUCAAUAUAUCGUGGAUGGAAAUGAUCGAAAUUCUGGAUACGAUCCGCCCUAAGGUUAAAAAUCUAAGCAUCAAAAACAGGCUAUCCAGACUCUCCAACUCCCUACUCGAUAUAACUCUAGGUAACAACCCUACCACAGAGCAAUUAUAA